AUGAGUACGAGUGGCCAACAGAGCCAACAGUCAUCGCAAUCGCAUCCCAACCCCAGUGCCAGUCAUUCUGGCGGUCAGUCAGAGCCCACUCCCACUCAGACAUCGCUGACACAGACGUCGGACGCUCAGGAGACGGCUGAGUGCGGCGACCAGAGCUCGGCUCAGGCCUCCAGUGCCGGCCCACCGACGCACGUGUCCACCAAAUUCACUGUCACUCAGAUCAGCGCCAAGAGUGGCCGCAAGAGCAACAAACCCGUUAAGACUAUGUCCGACAAUAACCUCAACAGUGAUAACAGUGAAGAUGUUUCGCACAUUUCGAGUACUAGUCAUCACAAGAGCAAUGAGUCGCUCAACACAUCGGAGGACAUGAUUGAGAUGAGCACCGAUUGCGACGACAAUGACGUGAAGCAGGAGUUGGCCGACGACGAGGAGCCGGACUUCCCGGUCGACGAACUCAACAAAUUGGAUGAUAUGAUCAAUAAGCCCCGUUGGGUCAUACCUGUGCUCCCGAAGGGCGAACUCGAGGUGCUCUUAGACACCACUAUUAGGCUCUGCAAACACGGCUAUGACGUGCGCUCGGAGCCCUGCCAGAGGUUUAUCAGAGAGGGUCUCACCGUUUCGUUCACCAAAAUACUGACCGAUGAGGCCGUCAACGGCUGGAAGUUUGAGAUUCACCGAUGUAUUCUAAGCAACUGCGAGCGACUCAUUGAGUUGGUUGUACUUAAGCUGAAUCAGGACUGGUUUCCCCUCUUAGAUCUGCUCUCAAUGGUCUUCUGUCCAUCCAAUAAAUUUCACUCGUUUACGAGCACUCGAACCGAAAUGACUGCGCGAUCGCCGGAUGAGGAAGUAUUCGCCAAAAGUCCUGACCCGCGGACGCCUCGGGGAUGGCUCGUAGACCUGAUUAAUAAAUUUGGGAAAUUAGGCGGUUUUAGGAUACUAUUGGAGCGUUUCGAGAGUCGGCCCACACUUACAGUUCCUCUAAUCGCGGCACUAUUAAAACCGUUCGGCUUUUGUUACGAGUUAUUGACGCCUCAAACGAUUGAGAAAUAUUUUUUACCGAUUGUUAAACUCGUGCCUCAAUUCUUGGAGAACCUGACCGACGAUGAGCUCAAGAAAGAAGCCAAGAAUGAGACGAAAAACGACGCGCUCUCAGGAAUAGUGAAGGCUUUGAAGUGUUUGGCUUCUCGUAUACCCAAUGAAGAGGAGAUGAUUAAGGAAUUAGAGAUUUUUAGACUAAAGACUAUUUUAAGAUUACUCCAAAUCUCGUCAUUCAAUGGCAAAAUGAAUGCUCUGAACGAAGUGAAUAAAGUAAUUACUAACGUUUCCUAUUACUCGCACCGACACCAGAGCCCCGGCUGCAUGACUGGUGUCGAUGAGGAGGAGUGGCUGACCGCCGAAAAGAUGGCCGAAUGGCUCAAAGAGAACAAAGUGUUGCAAAUAGUGUUAAGGGAUUCACUACAUCAGCCUCAAUACGUCGAGAAAUUAGAGAAAAUUAUACGUUUUGUCAUCAAAGAGAAGGCCUUAACUCUCGAAGAUUUGGAUGACAUCUGGUCGGCACAGAGUGGCAAACACGAGGCUAUUGUCAAGAAUGUGCACGACUUGUUGGCUAAGCUGGCCUGGGAUUUCGCACCCGAACAGUUGGACCACUUGUUUGAGUGCUUUCAGUCGAGUUGGACUAAAGCCACUAAAAAACAGAGGGAAAAGCUGUUGGAACUGAUCCGACGACUCGCUGAAGACGAUAAGGACGGACUCAUGGCUAACAAAGUGCUGAACUUAUUGUGGAAUUUGGCGCAUUCGGACGACGUUCCCAACGAUAUUAUGGAUCAGGCACUGGGAGCCCACGUGAAGAUAUUGGACUACAGUUGCUCUCAGGACCGGGACUCGCAAAAGACCGAAUGGCUCGACAAGUGUGUCGAGGAACUCAAUAAACCGAACGGAGGCUUUUGGGUGCUGCCGGCGCUCAAACAGAUUCGUGAAGUGUGUUCGCUGUAUAACGAAGCGCCGCCUAACUUUGUAGUCUCAGGUCCAACCAUUUCAGCCAACAGUUCACAUCACCAAAGGGUCACACAUUUGAUAUAUAGACACGAAAUUAUAUCUCGACUCCAGAACCAGCACUCACUGGUGAUACUCGUGUCGGAAAACUUGUCGUCGUAUAUGAAUAGAGUGCGGACUCUGUAUAAAGAGAACAAACACUUGGAUCCCAAUCACGUCUAUCCCGGCAGUCGGUUCUCUCACGUCCAAGAAGUUCAGGAAAGACUCAACUUUUUACGGUUUCUCCUAAAAGACGGACAGUUGUGGCUGUGCUCACCUCAAGCCAAACAGAUCUGGAAGUGUUUGGCAGAGAAUGCCGUUUAUCCCGAGGACAGAGAGGCCUGCUUUCGGUGGUUCUCGCAACUGAUGAGUGAUGAACCGGAUUUAGAUCCCGAUAUAAACCGAAACUUUUUUGAGAACAAUAUCCUGCAAUUGGAUCCGUCUUUAGUCACUGAAACUGGAAUCGAGUGUUUCGACCGAUUCUUCAAAGCCGUGAACGUAAAGGAGGGGAAACUGAUCGCAAAGAGACGCUGCUAUCAAAUGGAAGACAACGAACUCAUAGGAAUCGACUAUUUAUGGAGAGUUAUCUUGUGCUGCAGUGAAGACGUGGCCCGAAAGGCCAUAGAACUGCUCAAAGAGACCUACACUAACCUCGGACCCAAACUCAUGUCAUCUCAGGUCGAACUCCACGAAGACUUUAUCACCACUUGUUUCGAUAGAUUACGUGCGAGUUAUGACACGAUUUCCAUUCUCGAGAAAGACUCGUCUUCUGAGACACGGGUGAGACAAGAGAUGAUUAAAAUGACGCGAGUUUUGGACGCUCUCUACGAGUAUGUGAAUCAAUGCGACAACGAUUUCGGCGAAGAGCGCACUAUUCUGCCAAUGAGUCGAUCUUUUAGAGGCAAACAUCUCAUGUUAACCAUUCGUUUCCCAAAUCAUGGCCGACAUGUGGACGACAUCGAGAUCUGGACCCAUACUAACGAUACCUUACAUUCUAUACGACAACAGAUACUUUCAAAGAUUAAAGUAAACAACGCUAACAUGAAAGUAGACCUCUAUAUGAACGGCGAUCUUUUAGACCCAAUCGAUAAAAAACUUGUCUCACAGUUGCCUUUCAAAGACAAAAUGUCUCUAACGGGCAAACUAUUUCAAGUGAACUCGAAUAUGGCCUGUUCUCCAGACUCAUCGUCCGACAGUUCCACGGGUUCGCCACACAAUCCAUACAUUGGAUCUAAUCCAGAAGCUGAGGCCUGUCUGCCAGGAGUGAUAAUGUCAAAUCAGCCACAAUUCGCUCAAUUUCUGUUCCAAUUGGCAGACAUCGGAAUGUCGCUAAACAACCCGUCAUUACGUGAAAGUGCAUUAUCUCUGCUCAAAAUAAUGCCGGCCGACACUCAGACCAUACAACACAUCAAAGAGUUGUGUUUGUGUUCGGGCGGCGUUUCAUAUGAAGAACAGGGACCCAAAUUUGAUUCUGAAUUUUUCAACACCUCUCCCACGCGUAUCAUCUAUAAUAUGGGAAUUAUUUAUUCACUAUUAAUACCCGCCUCUAAUCCACUGUCAGAGGAGGCGCGAGACUUUCAGUUAGAUUUCAUGAAAAGUGGUUGUGGUCUCAAAAUUCUCGAAUUACUCAAUAAAAACAAUUUCCUCGCAAAUGCCGACGAUUUCAGCAAAAUGUGCGCGUAUUUGAUUGUACUCAAGAUCAGUAAACUAACUCUCACUACAAUAGCCAACUGUGUGUUGACACCAAUAUCUGCCAACUCCCCGAACCUGAUCACUACAUUACAAGACGCCAUUCAAAGUAUUCCAAACGUUUCCUCUGAGUGUAUGACACGAAGUGUUGCGCAAAGAAUCGCUCAAAUUCUCCGCAUUUUUGAUAAUAAUAUCUAUAAUAAUAUCGUAAACUACAGACCAGAUAAGGCCACUAUAUCUUCAGUGAUGCUCUUGUCGUGGUCCGCAGCCACUGGUCGGGAGUCCGCACUUCACUCCUCCACAGAGCAGUUGCACGAAAUGAUUGCUGAACCGGUCGUCGAUAGUCCCGCCGAAGUGUAUCAAGUGUGCAAAGAAGCCAUAGAAGUGUUGACUGUGAUGUUCAUGUUAUCGCCUGAAGUAUUAGUAGUACUCAUGAAGGAGCAGAUGUGGCAGACGUUUGUCAUUGAUUUGCUGCUUAUCUGUCCCGAAAAAUCUAUUCGCUCGACUUCUAUGGAACAGUUGGCACUAAUCGCCACGAAGUGUGCGAUAGAACAGGACUUUUUAGUUAGGUUUAUACAACUAUUGCACAAUCAUUUGGCCUCAACUGUUCCAAAGGAGACACACUAUCAGUCAUCGCAAGAGUUUUUCCAAUUAUUUUGUCGACUUCUUAACUAUGCGUCACAAACCAAGUGUUUGCUGCCCAACGCCUCAGAUCUUCUAAAUUACGAGAUGCAACAGUUGAGGAAUGUUAGGAAGAGUUUGGUCGUCGAUGGACUCAUUGAAGAGAUCCAAUUGGAGGGACAUUUGGGUAUAACUAAAGAAAUAGUCUCUCUCUUGGAUUGCGAACAAAAAUAUGAUGUCGGCUGUGAUAAGAAUGGCAUUUGGGGGCCGGAAGGGCACGGAUUGAUCACUAUAUUGAUCGAUGAAUAUAUAUUCCCCUCUUCGCGAGCUAUUUAUCAAACAAACCAACAGAAGAACGCCAACCGAACGCAUGUGGAGGAAGUGAACCCUAUCUGCACCUCUCCGUCGACACUGACGGCUGCCUACGAAGUGUUGGUCGCUCUCUGCACGGGCUGUGCAUUCAAUCUGAGACUGACUGCCAAUACUAUCGUCGAGAUGUUCUAUUCAAAUAACGACCCGUUAGUCGAUUGGGAAUAUUUGCCACCAAUUGGUCCGCGGCCUCCGCGAGGUUUUGUGGGCCUAAAGAAUGCCGGCGCCACGUGUUAUAUGAAUUCCGUUCUCCAACAGUUAUUUAUGAUUCAAGAAAUCCGAGACGGAAUCCUCGCAAUAGAAGGCGCGGCCACUGAUCCCAACGAAGACUUUUCUGGCGAAGAGAGGAAUGAAUCGAUUCACUCGAGUCUUACGAAUUUGGAACAAAAUAGAGCCGAAGAAAGCGUGAAGAAUGACUCGCGAAAAGACUAUAACCUCGGAGUUCUCAAACAAAUUCAGGCCAUUUUUGGACAUUUAGUUCUCAGUAAAUGUCAAUAUUAUGUCCCAAAAGGCUUUUGGAGACAUUUUAAAUUAUGGGGCGAACCGGUGAACCUCCGGGAACAACACGACGCCCUCGAGUUCUUCAACAGUUUGGUCGACAGCUUAGACGAGGCUCUCAAAAGUUUAGGUCAUUCGCCAAUAAUGUCGAGUGUAUUGGGCGGCACUUUCGCUGAUCAAAAAAUAUGUAGGGAUUGUCCGCACAGAUAUUCGAGAGAAGAGUCGUUUACAACAUUAAACAUAGACAUCAGAAAUCACUGCAAUUUGUUGGACUCGUUGGAGCAGUACGUGAAGGGAGACCUACUGGAGGGCGCAAACGCCUAUCACUGCGAGAAAUGCAACCGAAAAGUGGAUACAAUGAAGCGCUUGUGUAUCAAGAAAUUGCCGUCAGUUCUGGCCAUUCAGUUGAAGAGGUUUGACUACGACUGGGAGAGGGAGUGUGCGAUCAAAUUCAACGACUACUUUGAGUUCCCGCGUCUGCUUGAUAUGGAACCUUAUACGGUGAGAGGACUGGCCAAAGUGGACGGGCAGGUAAUAGACGAGGAUCUCAGUGCCUAUGAGGACGAGGAGGCGUUUACUGAAAAGGAGAAGCAGUGCACGAAAUACGACUUAUGCGGGAUUGUCGUGCACUCGGGUCAGGCCAGUGGUGGCCACUACUACUCGUAUAUCCUCUAUAAGGGUAAUAACGGCACCAAAAAGUGGUUUAAGUUCGACGACGGAGACGUCUCUGAGUGUAAGCUCGACGAAGACGAGGAGAUGAGAGUCCAGUGCUUUGGCGGCGAUUAUAUGGGAGAAGUGUUCGACCAUAUGUUGAAACGGAUGUCGUGUCGGCGCCAGAAGAGGUGGUGGAACGCAUACAUCCUUAUCUAUAGGAGACUCGACACCGAAGAGACAACACUUGCCAAACGACUCAAUGAAUUAGUUCUAAUGGAGUCCAAGACUAACGACAAGAAGUUAUUCAAAAUGCCGGUCGCUAUCGAACACAGCGUUCAGCGACAGAACAUCCGAUUCAUGCACACGAAGAAUCAGUUCAGUUACGAGUACUACCAGUUCAUGAAGAAGUUGAUCAGCGCUAACGGACAGCCGACUCACACGCCUCACACCCUUGCACUCAAAGACAACAACAAAUUGGUUGAAGACUUGGCCACAAUCAGUACACAAUUGGCCGCAAAGUUCUUGUUCUCCACAUGUCUUCGCACUAAAAAGACUCUUCGAGGGCCAGCUAUGGAGUGGUACGACGUCUUGAGCUUACAUUUAAGAGUUAGUGAAUCGAUAAGGCAUUGGUUCACAACUAAAGUCCUAUUAGCACAUCCCCACCGAUUCAGUGAAUAUCUGCUGGAAUGCCCGUCCGCUGACGUGAGGGCGGCCUUCAGUAAAAUAAUUAUCUUUUUAGCUCAUUAUGCCCUUCAAGAAGGAUCUCAAUUAGAAGUGCAACAGUCCUACAAUUUGUUGCCUUUCCUUACAGCACACGGUAGCGAACCGUCGGUUCCGAACCUUUCGUUUUAUUUAAUUCAUUUACUUCGAAAAGAAGUGUCAGAUUAUAGUCGAAAUUUAGGCCAAUAUUUCAGUUUGUUUUCAAUGUAUGCGUCGUUAGGAAAGGCAGAGAAGUUACAGCUGUUGAAGCAGAACGUACCGGAGCUCUUCAUAUUAGUGGCACUGGACGAGGGGCCCGGCCCUCCCAUCAAAUACCAAUACGCAGACUUAGGCAAACUGUAUCACGUGGUGAGUCUUCUGGUCAGGUGUUGUGAUGUCUCUUCCAAAACCAUGUCUUCAAUGCCCGGAAAUCCACGAGUUUUGACGAAUCCGUUCGUUGCCGAAGACAUCGGCGAAUAUCUGAUACCUAUUCAGCCAAAUGUUGCGGAAUUGGUGUUCAAUAAAACGAAUUAUAUUAAGAAAAUAAUAGAAGAGGCGAACAGUGCGGACGACACCAUCAAACUGUUGAAGUUCUGCUGCUGGGAAAACCCCCACUUCUCGUCCACCGUCUUGAAUGAGCUCUUGUGGCAAAUCGCCUACUCUUACGCCUAUGAACUCAGACCUCAUUUGGAUUUAUUGUUACAAAUGCUUCUGUUGGAGGACUCGUGGCAAACACAUCGCAUCCACAACGCUCUCAAAGGAGGUAAUCCCGAUGAUAGAGAAGCGCUUUUUGAUACAAUACAUCGAAACAAAACCCAUUACCAGAAGCGCGCGUAUCAGUGCAUCAAAUGUUUGGUCACUUUGUUUACGUCGUGUCCAUUAGCGCACCAAAUACUACACGAAACGGUCGAUCUUAAGAGGAAGUGGUCGAGUGCUGUCACGUGGCUUAACGACGAGCUCGAGAGGAGGCCCUACGCGGCCAACACUCAGUACGGUUACAACAACUGGUCGCCUCCCGCACAGUCAAACGAGACCAGUAAUGGCUAUUACCUCGAGAGGUCUCACAGCGCGAGAAUCACUCUAUCGAGAGCUCACGAGUUGUGUCCGCCUGAAGACAAUCCCGAAGAUCUCGAUGAGCCAGAGAUGCCCGAAGACCCCGACAGUCCUCCCGAAGCCCUCAAUGAUGUCAUAAAUGAAGGGAAUCGCCGCCAACGACACCGAAUCAGACUCGGGGACAGUGCUAAUGAGGACUCUGCGAACAAGUGGUUUCAAGGGGUGAGCGUUGAGUAUAAGUCCAAUGAGACGAUGCCUCGCAAUACAAUGCCGAUGGGCGGUAACCCCCAGACCCAUCCACAGGCCUGUCCCUCGAGUCCUACUCAGGGCGACAAUGAGGGCUCGAAUCGCAACUUCGCGUGGAUUAACAGCAACUCUUCGCAUAACAGCUCCCCCACCAAAAUCAAGCCGUUGUGCACUUCCCCUAAGAUCAAGCCUAUGAUUGUGAGCCCCCUCUCUGGCGCUCCGGUAUCUCAACAGCAAUCGACAAGUUUUGAUAGUGAGACUCAACACGAAUCCGAUAAAAGUCAACAAAAAAACAUAUUUAAUGAAAAUGAAGAAAAUUGAAGGACAUGUGAGUAGUCGUUGGAAAAGCAAACAUUUUAUUACAUUAUUAUGUUUUUGACAAAUGAUUAUUUCAUUAAUAUUUGAAUAAAUGAUUAUUUAAAUAACAAAAUUUAUAUAUUUAUAACAAAAUCUCUCCACUAAGCAAAUGAUUUUGAUAUUCAUUUGUCAAACAAAAAGUCUAUUAAAUUAUAUAAGAAUUCAAAACACACACCGAUUUGAUUUAUAUGAGAGUAUUAAACAAAAACGUUUAUAGAAUGACAUUAAAUGCAGUCAUUUUAAUAUUGAAUUGAUUAAAAAUUAUAUUAAAUAUGAUUUAUCGACAAGACGUUGUGUACAGAAAGAUAUAAAAUAUGCAAAUAUUUAUGUUAAAGCGGU